AUGAUGAUUCCUCAUCUCCAUCUGCAGGGGACUCCAGUGAAUAUUAUUGUGGGUUCUCAUGUCUGGAUUGAAGACCCAGAGGUAGCUUGGAUUGAUGGACAGGUAUCAGAUAUCAAUGGAAACGAUGCUGAAAUUGUAACUACAAAUGGGAAAAAGGUUGUUGCAAAUUUAUCAAAAAUCUUUCCUAAGGAUAUGGAAGCUCCUCCUGGUGGAGUGGAUGAUAUGACUAAACUGUCCUAUUUGCAUGAGCCUGGAGUCCUGCAAAAUUUAAAAGUUAGAUAUGAAUUGAAUAAAAUAUAUACAUAUACCGGAAAUAUUCUGAUUGCGAUAAAUCCAUUCAAAAGUCUGCCUCAUAUUUAUGGUGCACACAUGAUGGAACGAUACAAGGCAGUGCCCGUAGGAGAGUUAAGCCCUCAUGUAUUUGCAGUAGCUGAUGCUGCAUAUCGGGAAAUGGUUAUUGAAGGGAAAAACAAUUCAAUUCUGGUGAGUGGAGAAAGUGGAGCUGGUAAAACCGAAACUACAAAAAUGCUUAUGCAAUUCCUAGCUUUCGUAGGUGGUAGAGUUGCUACUGAAGGAAGAACAGUUGAACAACAAGUUCUUGAAUCAAAUCCAGUUCUGGAAGCAUUCGGUAAUGCUAAAACUAUCAGGAAUAACAAUUCCAGUCGUUUUGGUAAAUUUAUUGAGAUCCAAUUUGAUAAGAGUGGAAGAAUCUCAGGAGCAGCCAUCCGAACAUACCUUCUUGAGAGAUCUCGGGUUUGUCAAGUUAAUGAUCCUGAACGAAACUACCACUGCUUUUAUCUUCUCUGUGCUGCACCACAGGAGGAAAUUGAGAAAUACAAAUUAGGAAAUCCUAAAUCAUUUCACUACCUUAACCAGUCAAAAUGCUAUGAGCUGGCUGAUCUAAACGAUGCUCAAGAGUAUCUUGCCACCCGUAGAGCUAUGGAUAUUGUUGGAAUAAGUCAAACAGAUCAGGAAGCCAUUUUCAGAGUUGUUGCUGCAAUUCUUCAUCUUGGUAAUAUUGAUUUUGCCAAAGGAAAGGAAAUUGACUCAUCAGUUCCAAAAGAUGACAAAGCCAAAUUCCACCUGAAAAUAGCUGCCGAGCUUCUGAUGUGUGAUGCUGAUGCCUUGGAAGAUGCAUUAUGCAAACGUGUUAUGAUCACCCCUGAAGAAGUUAUAAAACGGAGCCUUGACCCACAAAGUGCAACGGUCAGUAGAGAUGGACUGGCAAAAACAAUUUAUUCUCGGCUAUUUGAUUGGCUGGUGGACAAGAUUAAUAAUUCAAUUGGACAAGACCCCAAUUCUAAAUGUUUGAUUGGGGUCCUUGAUAUCUAUGGUUUUGAAAGCUUUAAAUUAAACAGUUUUGAGCAGUUCUGCAUUAAUUUCACAAAUGAAAAGUUGCAGCAACAUUUCAAUCAGCACCUGUUCAAAAUGGAACAAGAAGAAUAUACAAAGGAGCAGAUCAAUUGGAGCUACAUUGAAUUUGUAGACAACCAAGAUGUUCUGGACCUUAUUGAAAAGAAGCCUGGAGGAAUUGUUGCUCUCCUUGAUGAAGCUUGCAUGUUUCCAAAGUCAACACAUGAAACAUUUGCAAACAAGUUAUAUCAAACAUUUAAGAAUCACAAGCGCUUUAUUAAGCCAAAAUUGUCUCAAACAGAUUUCACCAUUGCUCAUUAUGCUGGAGAGGUGACAUACCAAUCUGACCAAUUUUUAGACAAAAACAAGGAUUACGUGGUUCCUGAACAUCAAGAUUUAUUGAUUGCUUCCAAAUGUCCCUUUAUAUCUGACCUUUUUCCACCCCUUCCAGAAGAGACAUCAAAAUCUUCCAAAUUUUCUUCAAUAGGUUCUCGUUUUAAGCUGCAACUACAGCAACUAAUGGAAACAUUAAGUUCUACAAAACCCCAUUACAUUAGAUGUGUGAAACCAAACAACCUCCUCAAGCCUGCAAUUUUCGAAAAUGUCAACAUUAUGCAUCAACUCCGCUGUGGUGGUGUGCUGGAGGCUAUCAGAAUCUCUUGUGCUGGCUACCCUACACGCUGCCCUUUGUUUGAAUUUGUAAACAGAUUUGGCCUCCUUGCCCCAGAGGCCAUGGGAGCACACUGUAUUGAAAAGAAUGCUUGCCAAAAGAUUCUGGAAAAGAUGGGGCUUAAAGGAUAUAGGAUUGGAAAAACAAAGGUAUUCUUGAGAGCAGGUCAGAUGGCUGAACUAGAUGCUCGGAGAGCUCAAGUACUUGGUAGUGCAGCAAAAGUUAUCCAACGGCGCAUACGAACCCAUCAAAUUCGGAAAUAUUAUCUUGCAUUGCAAAAGAAGACCAUAUAUGUGCAGUCUCGGUGGAGAGGAAGACUUGUAUUCAAACGCUAUGAGAAAAUGAAAAGGGAGGCCGUUGCUGCUGCUGUGAAAAUUCAAAAGAAUAUACGCAGAUAUGAAGCUAGGAAGGCUUAUAAAGAACUUCAUAGGUCAGUACUUAUAUUGCAAUCAGCUUUAAGGGCCAUUGCUGCUCACAAGGAGUUGAGAUUUGGGAUACGAACCAAAGCUUCCGUCAUUAUUCAGGCUCGGUGGCGGUGCCACAAAAUGGCCUUACAUUAUAAGAGGCUCAAAGAAGGUUCAAUAGUUACACAAUCUAGAUGGAGAAGGUGUUUAGCCAGGGAAGAGCUCAAGAAACUGAAAAUGGCUGCAAGAAAAACUGGAGCACUUCAAGAAGCAAAGACGAAACUUGAAAAACAAGUGGAGGAACUCACUUGGCGUCUCCAACAAGAAAAAUGUUUAAGGGCUGCAGGAGAUACCGACGCUCUUCAAGAAGCAAAAAAUAAGCUUGAAAAACGAGUGGAGGAACUCAUUUGGCGUCUCCAACUAGAAAAAGGUUUAAGGACCAAUCUAGCGGAAUUCAAAGCAAUGGAGAUAGCAAAACUGCAGAACUCAUUGCAGGAGAUGAAGAGAAAAGUUGACGAAACUAAUGUUCUGCUCCUCAAGGAGCGAGAGAAUGCAAAGAAAGCUAUUGAAGCAGCAUCUUCUGUUAUUAAAGAAACGAAGGUUCUUGUUGAUGAUAAAGAGAAUAUUAACACACUAAGAAUGGAAGUCGAGAGCCUAAAGACUUCACUCAAGUUGGAAAAACAGAAAGCCAAAGAGUUUGAAAGAAAAUAUAACGAAGCUAAAAUUUGUAGUGAAGAAAGAGGUAAAAGGUUAGAAGACACGGAGAAGAAGCUUCGUCAGCUCCAAGAAUCAAUGACUAGGUUUACUUCUCAGAAGACCUUAUAGCUAAUUUCAAAAGUCAUCAUCAAAAGUUACAUCAAUCCCACUCUUAAUUUGCUCGGAUGGUUGAACGAAAUCUCACAGUUCUAUUAUUAGGUUGGCUAAAAGAGAAGAUAACUAAUGUAGAAUCAGUUUCUACAUCAACAAUUUGUGU